AUGAGCAAGGACAGUGGUGAUGAUUUAUCAUUCCUGAACGAGGAUGAUGAUGGCUACGAUGAUCAACAACCAGUGCUUCGAACAAGUGCCACCACUGCCACUUCCAGUAGUAGCAACAACAACAACAAUCGAACCUCCACCACACCCACACUCAUUCCAGAAGACGAUACCAAAAACAUCCGAAGAAUUUCACGAGGUAACGUCAAGAUCAGAGUGGGAAGUGGUAGUGUCGGUGGUGGCGUCGGUGGUGGUGGCACUGCUACUCCAAAAGCCAACAUUGAAAAUAGAGCAACGAAUACCACCAUCAGCAACAGCAACAGCAGACUCUCUGUCGGUACACCUUCAUCAUCGAGUGCUUCCUCACCUCCUUUGAGUACCAUCAGUAGUAGCAUUAGUUCUCCCUCUUCAUCGAUGAACACUCCUUCUUUGAUCACAACCUCUUCUCUUCAAAUGGUUCAAGAAUCAUCAUCCAACAUGACACGAGCCAUGGGUGUUGCUUCAUUGAGUGCUCAGCCGACACCCUUGCCGACGACAAAAGCAACAUCAAGUGUGGGAUCUCCAUCUUCACCAAGUGGUGGUGGAUUCAAAGUGAUUAAAAACGUUCAGUCUUCCACUACAAAACAACAAGCAGCAUCACUCUUGACUGAAAGUCAAGGAAAGAUUCUCUCCAAGAAACUGAUCAGUGGUUUGAUGAAGAAUAUUGGUGCAAACAACAACACAAGUACUGGACAAGGUGCAAGUGGUGUCUCUCAAGAGAGUCCUUCCAAUGAUGGCUCUUCCCAACAACAACCAUUCACUUUCUUGGAUGGAAGCAACGAUGAGAGUCAAGACAAUAGUAAUCCUCAAAUGAGAAAACGAGUGUUGAAAUCUUCAAGAGACGAUGAUGACGAUGAGGAUGGAAAGAAAGUGAAACAUAUUACUUUGGAUAAAUUACAAAUAUUGAUGCAAACCUUGGAUAGACACGAUAAGGUUCCAUUGUUAGAUGAAAAUAUUAAUAUUCGUGACUUGUUUGAUGAUCCCAAUUCACAAUUGGAUGAAAAGAAAGGUCUCAUUUUCUCAAAACCUGCUGCUUUUGAAAGAAAUGAUCAACCCAUUGAUAUUGAACUUUUUGAAGAUCUCACAAGUUACAGUACCAUUCAGAGACGAUAUGUUUCUCAGAGAGAUGAAGGUCUAAAUCAUGAAUUUCAAUUGAAACCCACCAAUUUGGCGAGUGCUGUUCAAGAAGUGAGAAAUUUUGUGAAAAAAGAAAAAGAAAGACAUCAGAAAAUGAUGGAAGGAAGCUCUGAGACUACUGCUUCCUCCUCAAAGGAUCAACAAGAUUCUAACUCUCAACAAUCGUCCUUUGUGGAUUUGUCUUCAAUUGCUCAAAGUGGUGAUUCCAGUCAAAAAUCACAACUUCAAAAACAAGUGGAACAUGAAAGUCACAUGCAACGAGCAAGAAAAGUAUUCCGUCAAAUUGAAUAUCGACAUGUCUUUAAAGAUUUGGCAAACAAAAUUGUCAUGGAAAAAAUUGGUCUUCCUUCCAUCAUUCGUGUGAACAGCAAAUAUAUUGCAGUCGGUACUACAAACGGUCUCAUUGCUCUCUAUCACAGAAAAACAGAGAGUCGUUUAGCAAUUAUGGGUUCUAUUCAAAUGGAAGAAAUUAUCAAUACUAAUGGAUCCAAAGUGGAACGACCUGUUCAAAUUACUACCAUGGAUUUUGGUUCCAAAAUGAAUUUACCCUAUGAGGAAUAUGGAGCAAAAUCAGAGCAAGAUCUUCUCUUGUUGUAUUAUAAAAUUUCAAGUGAUCAAGAGGAUUUCACUGUGAAUGCAGCAACAGGAACUGCUACUACUAAUGUGAAAGAUUCAUUUGCUCUCGAUUCGAUGAAUCAUGAACAGAAAGAAGGAGAGGAAAAUAUUGAAGUACUUUCACAGACAUCACGUGUACUUGUGAGUGGACAUUCCGAUGGUUCCAUCAAUAUUUGGAAUUUAUCAACCUUUAAACCUGUGAAACCUUUGAAAGGAUAUUUUAAGAGACCUAUUCACAAAAUUGUGAAUUUUCACAAAACAAGCAAACAGUACAACUCGAUUGAAUUUUUGGCAGUUGAUACAAGUGGAAGAAUGAAAGUGUUCAAUGUGAGAAAAAUCAUGUUUGCCUAUUAUGUAGAUGUUCAACCCAUUCACUGGGCGAAUAUUCCAAAAGAAGUUCCAUCUUCACCAAGUAGUUCACAAUUAUUGAAAACGGACGACGAAGGACAAAUCAUCACUGAAACUCUAACAUCAGAACAACAACGAAGCAUGCAAGAAUAUGAAAGAAAACAACAACAAGAAAUGAUUCUCUCUCGAUUCUCCGAUAUUCAUUUACUUCCAAAAUCAGAGGGAAGACAUCCUCUCGACCGAUUUGUUCUUGUGGCUGUCACAACGGAUUCUGAAGUGAUUAUUCAUUCAGUGAAACCAACUUCAAGACAAUUGGCAACCCUCUUCAACAAUAGCGUUUUGGAUGCCUCAAGUGGAUCUUCUACUUCGAGUGGAUCUUUCAUGGCUCGAAAGAAAAUUUCACCCAAAAUUGCAUGGAAAGGAAGUCAAAUGGUGGAUGGCGAACACAAAGGUCUCACUGUUUCUUUGAACGAUCAAAGUAAUCCCUAUUUGGCUGUUGCAUGGGGAAAUAGAAUUGCAUUCUAUCAUGUUGAGAUUCAACAAUCAUCUGGUUUCUUUAGUAUGAUGUUUGGCUUUGGAACUAGUACUUCAAAUAGUACGAGUGCAUUGAAUUCUCCAAAUACUGGAAAAAACAAUGAUUCCUCUCGUGGAGAUAUUUCUUCACAUCAAAGCUCAAGUGAUUUACCUAACGUUUACUUUGCUUCUGAAGUAUUUGUUCCAUUUCCUGUGGAGCAAAUUCAUUGGCUCACGGAUGAUAUAUUCAUUGUUUUUGACUCUAAACUUGGAAAAAUGCUGUUAAUUGAUCGAAAACUUGAAUCUUCUACUAAUUGGAUUGAAGAAGUGAAUUGUAAAGAUCUCAUGUUGGACUAUGUUUCUGAUCCAAUGAUGAACGUUCCAAUUAAUCUCAAGAAGAAAUAUGGAAUUCAUUAUGGAGGUGCUUUCGUUCGAGGCGUUUAUGAUGUUUCAUCCUUCCAAUAUAUUGACAUUCUUCGUCACUCCUCCAUUAACACGCAAAGUUUACUACGAUCCAUCUACACUGGAGGUUCUAUUGAUGACGACACGAUCAGUUUACCAAGUACAACUCACAGUGCUGCUUCUGAAAUGUAUCGUGCCUAUUAUGGUGGUACAUCUGUGACAGUGAAACACAAGAGUCCAACCAUUUAUUUAUUGGGAGCAUCAGAGUUGAGAGCCAUGCGUUGUUUAUCUUGGGAUGAAAGAGUUGUAGCUUUACAAUCCAUUGGAGAGUAUGAAGAAGCAUUGAACAUGUCUGUUGAAAUGUUUAAUGAUCCAAGUGGAAUUGGUGCAUUGAUCGGUCUUCCAACAAAGGAUGAAAAUCAAAGACAUGAAGCAGUAAGCACUUUGAUUUCCUCAAUUCUUGUGGAUUACAGAGAUACAAAACUUCAUCAACUGGAACUUGACAGUGGAUUGACACAUUCUAAAGUGGAAAUGUUGGUUCAAGUUGCAAGAAAUUGUCUUCAAAGAGCGAUUGAAAUUAACAACAUUGAACUCAUUGAAGGAACCUUCUUGUCCUUUGAACAUCAUGGUUAUGAUCACAUCUUCCUUCAAUUACUCGUUGAAGAAUUAAUUUUGAAUGGAGCUCUCUCAAGAAUGAUGACCAUUGAUUCCAAGAAAGCAUCGUAUGCAUUUAUCAAAUCUCAAUUUAUGAAAAUCAAAGAUCUUUACACAUCAAGUGCAGAUUCAGAGAGUGGAGAAAAAGGUCUCAUUGAUCUUUCUCGAUAUAUUAAAUAUCAUGGUGGAAUCGAUUCUGAUCAGUCCUCACUCAAAUCAGAAACUCCAACCAUCACACAUCUCUCUCAAAAAGCAAGAUUGAGCAAACUGGAAAACAUUAUUCUCAACUUGGAUAUUAGCAAGUUAGACAUUCCAUUUGAUACGAUUCGAGAUUUGUGUAGCUACAAGGAUCACACCAUGUGUAGAAUGAAUAUUUAUGCCCACUGCAUUUUAAAGAAGGACUUUAUUGGACCUGCUCGAACCUAUUUGGAAGAAGUGAGUCUUUCAGAUUUGGGUUCUCCAGAGUCCCAAGAGAAAGCAGAUGCUAUUCUCAAAUACUUUAAAAAUAUUAUUACCAAUGGAACAAUUUUCACAGAUGCCUAUCAAAUUACUGAUUUUGAUAUUUUGAGAAAGGUCAAACGGUUGAUUAUUGAUUUCAUUUUCGAACAAACUCGAGUGUCACAUUCCAAGACAUCUCAAGAAUCUGGAACCUCUCAAAGAAAACUUCCUCGUACUGGAGUUGCUCUUCUGAAUCUCGAGAAAUUGAUCAAAUUCAAUCCAAAGGACACUUUUGAAGUUCUCAAAAUAUACUUUGAAGAGGUUCAACUUGAAAGAGGAAUUAACACCUCUCCAUUCUAUGUCAACUUCCCAAAGCCAAUCAAAUGCCCUUUACAAGAUCAAGAGGAUAGAGAUAACAUUCUUGAAGAUUUUGUCAUUACUUCAUUUACCGAUUGUAUCCAUGAAGGAAGUAACACCAUCAAGAAAUGGGUUCCAAAAUUGCAAAAGGAAGAGUUGAUUGAAGCUAUGAAAACCUUUGUUUUGGAUCCUCCACAAGGUGAACUCGAUAUUGAAUUAGAUGGUCCAUUCUUCUCACUGAAAGAAAAGAAAUACCUCUAUGAAUUUUUAGGUGAAAUGAUCGCAAGAAAUAUUCUUUCUGAAGACAAGGGCCAAAUUAAGAGAAUUUACACUCACCUUUGUCACGACACUGUUUUCACAAGUUAUGAAACAAAAGAAUUACUCAAACAGUUCAAAGAGCAUGAAAAGGCUACCAAUGAUCUCAAAAAGAGCAAAGAAGGUACAAAAGUUUCAUUUUUUGGAAUGGAGAGUCGCCAGGAUAGUCUUGACAAGCUUAUGAAACAGUCGGCCUAUUUUGAAGAACGAAAGCAAUAUUUAGUGAAAGAAUAUGAUUUCAAAGAGCAUCGACAACAAAUUGUGAUUCGAAUUUUGGAAAAACUUGAAAGUUCUAAUGAGCAAACAAUUAAUGCUAUUUUGGUUCGAUUGAUUGAUUUUGCACAAGAAAAUAAUUGUUAUGAUGUUGCUGUUUUUUUGAAUAAGAAGAAGAAAGAUUACAAGGCAGUCAUUAAGAACUAUAUUGAUGACUUGAAAUUGAAGAAAUCUAUUGGACAUAACAAGCCACAGGUUCCUGUUUUUGAAUACAUUUCAGAAUUGGCAAAUGACAGUGAAGUUGUCAGCAUUUAUAUUCAUGAUGCUAUUCUUGAUCAUUUACUUGAUUUAAUGAGAUCUGACAGUGAGGAAAUGACACUUCUCAUUGUGAAAUAUUUCCCAACCAUCCAUCCACAAGUUCUAAAUGCACUCAUAACGUCAAGCAUCAAGAAUGUCGAAGAUGAAAGAUUAUUAUUCAACUAUCUUUCUAAAAUUAUUAACAUUUAUGAAGGAAAUAAUUCUGAUUUCUUAGAUAGCAACUCCAAAACUGGUGAAUCUGCUACUGCCUAUUAUUCGAACAUGUCACGAGCUAAAAUUGAAGUUGAUAUGGAGCUUCAAUAUCAAUAUAUUCGACUUUUGUGUAAAUUUGAACCACAUCGAGUGUGUGACUGGCUUCAAACUCAUCAAUUCCCAGGAGAAAAGGCCGAGGACAUUCUUGAAUAUUGCAGAAACAUUCCAGAUGCAGUCAGUUUCUUGUUGGAAAGAAAUGGUGAAGUGAUGGAAGCUCUAAAUAUUGUCCUGAAGAACAUUGUGCGUGAGACUAGCAUUUUAGAAGAGUGUCUUUCUCAAGUGGCACAAAUUCUUGAUCCCAAUAAUUAUCGUUUCAGCAAAUAUCGACACAUUCGUGACGUGAAAGAACGAGAACGAUUACAAGGAGCCGACAUGUCCUCUAAAAAAUUUGAUGGACUUUCAGAAAAGGAUGCAAAAUUCUUUAAUGUGGAAAGUGUUCUAGGUUUGGUCGAUUUGGAUGACAUUCCUCUCGAUCAAUAUCUCGAAAUUCGAAAGAAUGUACUCAUCCAAAAGGGUCUCAUUCCACCCUCAAUUUUAACACCUUCUUCUGAAAAUGAAAAGGAUGGUGGUAAUGGUAGUGGUGAACUUCAAACAACCAAUCAACCAUUGUAUUAUGGUUUAGAUGAUGAAUUUAUUGGACGUGGACCAGUAGCUCUCAAAGUUGAAGAUUUACCAGAAUCUAAAAAGAUUCGAAAAGAACUCGCCGUUGCCAUUUCCAUGUGUCGACGAAAUACACAAAGAAAAACAGUCGAUGAAAAGCAAGUGAAACAACUUUGGUUUAAAUUGAUGGAUCAAUUCAAUGUUCCAUUGAGUGAACAUUACAAAUCGUAUCGAUUGAGUAAUGUGGAUUCUUCAGGACUUAAUUCUUCCAAGAAGGAUUUAUUGGAUGAUGGAGAUGUUUCUUCAUCUGAACAGUCACGACUUCAAGCGACACAAGAGAGUGACAUUGAAAAGAUCAAAAAGAAAAUUGAACAAUCAAAGAAUUUGAGAAAAACCAAAGAACAAGAAUUACUCGAAAAAGAAAAAGAGUUGAAAGAUCAACAAGAUGAAGAAGAAAAGAAGGAAAUUUCCAAAGAAAUUGAACGAAUGAAGAAAUACAUUUCAGUUCAAGUAAAAAAAGAAAAAGAACUCCAAAGACAAAUUCAAGAAAUUAUUGAACGAAGCAAAUUAGAACAAGAAAAAUCGAAUCAAAUGCAUAAUUUGGCCAAAUUGUGGCUUCAACUCAUUCAACUCAAAUUCUUGCGUGUGGUGGUGCUUUCUGCCAUUGGAAGUAUGCCAAUUCCAGAAAUUUUGAAAAAACUCACAAGAGAAAAUGCUAAAACUGACUUUUCCAUGUAUCGACAAAUUUUACUUCAUUUACUUGACAAGUACAGAUAUGAUUUGAAAUUAUUACAAAAUGCUUACAAUGUGGUCGAGGAAGAUACUUUCACAUUGAGCAAAAAGUUUAGUGAUCGACUCAUGAGAGGUCUCUGUCCAAUCGUUCCAAAAUGUAUGCUCACAGAUACUGUGUUGACCCCUGAAGUUGAUGAAGAUGAGGACGAUGAAAAACCAGAAUCAAAGAAGGGUAAAAAGGAAAAGAAGUUUGAUGUGAUUCGAUUAUUUGACACUGGUUAUGCUUAUCGAUUGUCAGCCCUUGGAAAUGUCACUCGUUGUCCAACCACAACGACCUCUGUCAGAAAGAAGAAAUUUGAGUAUGAGAAGAGCAAAUCCAUUACAGAGGUUAAGAAAAUUACCAAUGAAUUGUCGAGACUUUCCUCUGUGGAGACGAUGGUAAAAAAGAAGCCAGCAAUCAAGCUCUACAAGACAGUACUCAAAGAAUCUCAAAUGGUUCGUGCCGCAAAGAAGACUGGAACAGAAAUUGUGUUCAGUGGAGUUGAAAAGUCCUUGUUGCCACCAGUGUAUGAAGAGACAACAGUACUCAUUCCAACUCUCUUCUCUGCAACGACUUCGAGAGAUGUCACAACCUCAGGUUCAAUGGAAACAAGUGUGGACACCUCUGUCGUUUUGGAAGACUUGAGAAGUAUUUCACAGGAACAGAUUGUGGAUACUCUUCUCGAAAAUGCCAUUCAAUUUUAA